GCACUAGCGCACGCGCUGCCUACCAGCGCCUGAGCGGGACGCGCCGCGGAGUGAGGCGAACUCCGGGCGCCAACGGCCAGGCAUUCGCUCGAGGCAGCCUGCUGCUCCCUCCUCUUCUUGCUCCGUGCCCCCACGUGCUUCCGCUUCGCCACGGCUGGGAUCUGCCGGGCUCGGGCGCAGCGAUAAUCUUUCACCAUGCAUCGGAAGAAGGUGGAUAACCGCAUCCGGAUUCUCAUUGAGAAUGGGGUAGCUGAGCGGCAAAGAUCUCUCUUUGUUGUAGUCGGGGAUCGAGGAAAAGAUCAGGUGGUAAUACUCCAUCACAUGUUAUCCAAAGCAACUGUGAAGGCUCGGCCUUCAGUGCUGUGGUGUUACAAGAAAGAACUGGGAUUUAGCAGCCACCGGAAGAAAAGAAUGCGACAGCUACAGAAGAAAAUAAAGAAUGGGACAUUGAACAUAAAGCAAGAUGACCCCUUCGAACUUUUCAUAGCAGCCACAAACAUUCGCUACUGCUACUACAAUGAGACCCACAAGAUCCUGGGCAAUACCUUUGGCAUGUGUGUCCUGCAGGAUUUUGAAGCCUUAACUCCAAACUUGCUGGCCAGGACUGUAGAAACAGUGGAAGGCGGUGGGCUGGUGGUUAUCCUCCUGCGAACCAUGAACUCACUCAAGCAGUUGUACACAGUGACCAUGGAUGUGCAUUCCAGGUACAGGACCGAGGCCCAUCAGGAUGUGGUGGGAAGAUUUAAUGAGAGGUUUAUUCUCUCUCUGGCCUCUUGCAAGAAGUGUCUCGUCAUCGAUGACCAGCUCAACAUCCUGCCCAUCUCCUCCCACGUGGCCAACAUCGAGGCUCUACCUCCACAGGCUCCGGAUGAGAGUCUCGGUCCUUCUGAUCUGGAGCUGAAGGAGUUGAAGGAGAACUUGCAGGACACCCAGCCUGUGGGUGUGUUGGUAGACUGCUGCAAGACCCUAGACCAGGCCAAAGCUGUCUUGAAAUUUAUCGAGGGGGUCUCAGAAAAGACGCUGAGAAGUACCGUUGCACUCACAGCUGCCCGAGGACGGGGAAAAUCUGCAGCCCUGGGUUUGGCUAUUGCUGGGGCGGUAGCAUUUGGGUACUCCAAUAUCUUUGUUACCUCCCCAAGCCCUGAUAACCUCCACACUCUGUUUGAAUUUGUGUUUAAAGGGUUUGAUGCUCUGCAAUAUCAGGAGCAUCUGGAUUAUGAGAUUAUUCAGUCUCUAAAUCCUGAAUUUAACAAGGCAGUAAUCCGAGUGAAUGUAUUCCGAGAACACAGGCAGACCAUUCAGUAUAUACAUCCUGCAGAUGCUGUGAAACUGGGCCAGGCUGAACUCGUUGUGAUUGACGAAGCUGCUGCCAUCCCCCUCCCCCUGGUGAAGAGCCUCCUCGGCCCCUACCUUGUUUUCAUGGCAUCUACCAUCAACGGCUACGAGGGCACUGGCCGGUCACUGUCGCUCAAGCUAAUUCAGCAGCUCCGUCAACAGAGUGCCCAGAGCCAGGUCAGCACCACCGCUGAGAACAAGACCACGACAACAGCCAGACUGGCAUCAGCACGAACGUUGCAUGAGGUUUCCCUCCAGGAGUCGAUCCGAUAUGCCCCUGGGGACGCGGUCGAGAAGUGGCUGAACGACUUGCUGUGCCUGGAUUGCCUCAACAUUACUCGGAUAGUCUCAGGCUGCCCCUUGCCCGAAGCCUGCGAGCUCUACUAUGUUAACAGAGAUACCCUCUUUUGCUACCACAAGGCCUCCGAAGUUUUCCUCCAACGGCUUAUGGCCCUCUACGUGGCUUCGCACUACAAGAACUCUCCCAACGAUCUCCAGAUGCUCUCCGACGCUCCCGCCCACCAUCUCUUCUGCCUUCUGCCUCCCGUGCCCCCCACCCAGAAUGCCCUUCCUGAGGUGCUUGCUGUCAUCCAGGUGUGCCUUGAGGGAGAGAUUUCUCGCCAGUCCAUCUUGAACAGCCUGUCUCGAGGCAAGAAGGCUUCCGGGGACUUGAUUCCAUGGACAGUGUCAGAACAGUUCCAAGAUCCAGACUUUGGCGGUCUUUCUGGUGGAAGGGUCGUGCGCAUUGCUGUUCACCCGGAUUAUCAAGGGAUGGGCUACGGCAGCCGUGCCCUGCAGCUGCUGCAGAUGUACUACGAAGGCAGGUUCCCUUGUCUGGAGGAAAAGGUCCUUGAGACAUCACAGGAAAUUCACACCAUCAGCAGCGAGGCCGUCAGCUUGCUGGAAGAGGUCAUCGCUCCCCGCAAGGACCUGCCUCCUUUGCUGCUCAAGUUGAAUGAGAGGCCAGCUGAGCGCCUGGACUACCUGGGUGUUUCCUACGGCUUGACCCCCAGGCUCCUCAAGUUCUGGAAACGGGCUGGAUUUGUUCCUGUCUAUCUGAGACAGACCCCGAAUGACCUGACCGGAGAACACUCGUGCAUCAUGCUGAAGACGCUGACUGACGAGGACGAGGCUGAGCGCGGAGUGUGGCUUGAGGCCUUCUGGAAAGAUUUCCGACGGCGCUUCCUAGCCUUGCUGUCCUACCAGUUCAGCACCUUCUCCCCUCCCCUGGCUCUGAACAUCAUUCAGAACAGGAACGUGGGGAAACCAGCCCUGCCAGCCCUGAGCCGGGCGGAGCUGGACGCGCUCUUCCUCCCCUAUGACCUGAAGCGGCUGGAGAUGUAUUCACGGAACAUGGUGGACUAUCACCUCAUCAUGGACAUGAUCCCGGCCGUCUCCCGCAUGUAUUUCCUGAACCAGCUGGGGGACCUGGCCCUGUCCGCUGCCCAGUCAGCUCUUCUCUUGGGGAUUGGCCUGCAGCAUAAGUCUGUGGACCAGCUGGAGAAGGAGAUUGAGCUGCCCUCGGGUCAGUUGAUGGGACUUUUCAACCGGAUCAUCCGCAAAGUUGUGAAGCUGUUUAAUGAAGUGCAGGAAAAGGCCAUCGAGGAGCAGAUGGUGGCAGUGAAGGAUGUGGUCAUGGAGCCCACAAUGAAGACCCUGAGUGACGACCUGGAUGAAGCAGCAAAGGAAUUUCAGGAGAAACACAAGAAAGAAGUGGGGAAGCUAAAGAACAUGGACCUCUCUCAAUACAUAAUCCGUGGGGACGAUGAGGAGUGGAAUGAGGUUUUGAACAAAGCUGGGCAGAACGCCUCGAUCGUCAGCCUGAAAAGUGACAAGAAAAGGAAGUUGGAAACUAAACAAGAACCCAAACAGAACAAGAAGUUGAAGAAAAACAGAGAGAUGAAGAACAAAAAAGAUAUGAAACUGAAGCGCAAGAAAUAGCGAAGGGAAACUUGGGCAUCCGUGGCCAGCCCGUGAGGAGAUACUCUGACUUCCCGAACCCUCUGGCCGGACCGGUCAGCAGCCUGCACUGUUAGCCUCAGAGCCAGCCGGGAAUUCAGUCUAAGGGCCUGACAGUGCCAGGCUGUGGGCCCAACCUGGCUGAGGGCAGAGUCACUCCCGAAUGGGUCUGCUUAGAACUGGAUGGUCAGGCAAACCUCUGGCACUGCCAGGGGUCUGUCUGUCCUCCCCCAAGUCCAGGGCCCUCCUGUUUGCCUUGGACCAGCUUUUCAGACUCCUUCCCACACCUGUGGAAGCCACACUGAUUCUUGGCCCUCUCAGGCCCUUAAUUAAGUAUGUGCACAGCUUCCUUGUGUCUCUCAUCAUGGACUUGCCCAAGCACCCUGAGGCCUGGAGCAGGGGGAACUCUGGUCCGCCCAGGUGGCCAUGGCAGGCCACUGUUGGGUGCGCCAGGGUUUGCUGAUGCCGCGCACGCUUCCUCUCCCGGCUCCGGCAGGCCUGCUGCCUGCUCUGUCUCAGAAAAGUCUGAGCCCUUCCCCAAUUUAGGUAGGCUACCACAUCCUGUGAGUCCCCAAGACCUGUUCAUCCAGUUGGGCAAAGGUGUUGGGAAAGGCCCUUUUGCUAACAGGGGUGAGGGAAGGGA